AUGAUUCCAGAAAAGCAAAUCCCAACAACAGCAUUCGUGGUUGAGAAACCCGGGGCUCCCUUUGUCCUUCAAGAUGUUAUUUUGGAUGAAGUCCGGGCAAAUGAAGUUCUGGUUGAGAUGAAGUAUACCGGCCUAUGCCACACAGAUAUUGUUGUCCAGCAAGGCGCGAUCCCUGUCGGUGAUUAUCCCGCCGUUCUAGGCCACGAAGGCGCUGGAAUCGUCCGUCGCGUCGGCAGUGGCGUCAAAGACAAGUCCCUCCAAGAGGGCGACCUUGUGUUCCUGAGCUUCAGCUCCUGCCACAAGCAAUCCUGCACGCCCUGCAAGGAAGGCCGAAAUGGAUACUGUGAUCAGAUAACACCUAUUAAUUUCGCCGGUGCGCGCGGCCUCAGUGCUUCCGAGUCACCUAUCUCUUUCCCGGGUGGCAAGGGCCAAAUCCGCGGUCAGUUCUUCGGCCAGUCCUCCAUGAGCAAACUGGCUGUGGUUGAUGAGCGGUCGGUUGUCAAGUCUCCUUCGGAAUCUGGAAUCACGAUCGAGGACAUGGCGGUCCUGGCUCCGCUGGGCUGUGGAUAUCUGACCGGUGCUGGCACCGUCUUCAAUGUUCUCAAGCCUAGACCGACAAGUCGCUUUGCUGUCCUUGGAAUGGGCGCCGUUGGGCUUGCGGCCAUGUUGGCUGCUCGGUCUCUGGGUGUCGAAACUAUCAUUGCGGUCGAUAUCGUUGACGCAAAGCUCGAGCUGGCAAAGUCCUUUGGCGCAUCGCAUACAUUGAACACAAAGAGUGUGUCCGAUCUUGCCCAGGGGCUAUUGGAUAUGUUCCCUGAUGGGGUUGAUUGUAUCCUUGACACAACUGGUGUAGUCCCUCUGCUCGAGGCUGCUGUCAAGGCUUUGGGCCACGAAGGCACAUUGGCUAUUGUGGGCGUGGCUCGCCCUGGCUCAUCACUUAACAUCGACCCGUUGGCACUCAUGAUGGGUUGCAAGCGUGUUGUCGGUGUGAUUGAGGGCUGCGCAAACCCUGCUGUGAUUGUUCCACAGCUGAUUGAUCUAUACAAGCAAGGGAAAUUCCCCGUUGACAAGCUUGCUAAAAUCUAUGCCCCUGAUGCCCUUGAACAAGCUCUGGCAGAUUUGCACUCAGGAAGUGUGAUCAAGCCCAUCAUCAAGUGGGCCGAUCUAUGA